UAUGGACUCGUUCUAAUGCGUGGCUUACGUUCCGAGGUAAGCCAUCGAACACCUGCCGAGCCAGAGCUCGGACAGGUGACCUGACAGCAACUGGGGAGGGAUUGGUGGUGCAAGCGAAGACGUGAUGCCCACAUGUCAUUAGAAGACAACGACGACGGCCGCUGCUGCAAAGCAAUGAUGCGUUGCUGCUGUUGGUUAUUAAUUGGCAAUCAAUCAUGGAGUCCUCCCCAUUCCAUGGAGAUUUAGACCGUCCUCCUGCUCCUCCCCCCUGUGCGGUCGAAACCCCGAGAGGAGAACCGUCGCCAACUUCUCAGAUCUGGUCUUCUUCCCUUGCCAUGAAGGCCUCCCCCGCGGUCUCCGUCUUCGGCGCCAAGGCGGCGGACUCGUCCACCCGCAGGUGGAUCUCCCCGCUCCUCUUCCUCAUGAUCAUCGCCCUCUCCUUCACCUUGCUCUACCGCACCACCACCACGCCGGCCGUCCUUUUUCCCCCGGCGUCCCUCCGCGUGGAGCUCGGCCCCCCAUUUGCCGUGCAGCGGCCGGUCGACUCCGCCGUCGCUUCCGACCCGUUGCCAAGCUCCUCUCCUCGUCCUGUGCAGAAUGGACCGGAAAGCCAAGAUGUCCGGCUGGAGAGGGUUCUGAGAGCAGCGGCCACCAGAGACAACACGGUAAUAUUGACCUCCUUGAAUGCAUUCUGGUCUACGCCCGGUUCAGUACUGGAUCUCUUCCUCGAGAGUUUCCGCGUCGGCAACGGGACGAGCGAGCUCCUCAACCACCUGGUGAUCGUCGCCGUGGACGACAAGGCGUACGAGCGAUGCCUUGCCGUACACGACCACUGCUUCGACCUCAAGACCGAGGGGGUGGAUUUCUCCGGCGAGAAGGUCUUCAACACUCCAGAAUACUUGGACAUGAUGUGGGCGAGGCUGGAUUUUCUGCGCGUGGUUCUCGAGAAAGGUUACAACUUCAUCUUCUCGGAUGUGGACAUAAUGUGGUUCCGGAAUCCAUUGCCCUUCUUCUACCCAGAUGGAGAUUUCCAGAUAUCCUGUGACAACUUCUUGGGUGAUCCGACUGAUUUAAAGAACUGGCCAAACAAUGGAUUCAACUAUGUGAAGUCUAACAACCGAAGCAUCGAAUUCUACAAAUACUGGUACUCAUCGCGUGUCAGAUAUCCUGGAGUCCAUGAGCAGAAUGUGCUUAACAUCAUCAAGUAUCACCAACAUGUUAGGGAGAUAGGUGUGAGAAUAAGAUUCCUGAACACCAAGCAUUUUGGUGGGUUUUGUGAGCCAAGCAGGGAUCUCAACAAGGUCUGCACAAUGCAUGCAAACUGUUGUAUCGGCCUGCAAAGAAAGAUCAGUGACCUAAGAGCUAUGCUUGAUGACUGGAAGAAAUUUAUGUCUCUGCCACCUGACAUGAAGAUAUUGAGCCAUUACUCAUGGAGUGUACCUCAAAGUUGCAGGUUACCACCAGGCCUUGGCAGUGACAAGGAAAAGAAUCAUCACCUCUAAAAUUCUUGGUACUGUUCAUUUCCCUGUUCUUUUGAUACAUGAAUACCCCAGCAGUGCGAACUUUUGUAAUCAUAAGACUGUCAGCAAAGCAGCAGGUUAGGCUUGAAAGAAAUUGAAAGAGUCGAUAGGAACUUAGAUAUGCUUAAGGUACAUCAUUCUUCACAUGUCGUUGCUCUGAGUCUUGCGCUGUAGUGUUGCUGUUUAUUUGCAGAAACAUACAAAUUUUUUUAUGUCAGAUGACAGGAUUUCUCGUUGUUAAUAAGAUUCUGAGUUUACUAUUC